AUGGACACGGCGCCGGCGGGCCCCGAUCCCGGCCCCGGCCCCGGCCCGUCGCCGCCCGACCUCCACGCCGUGCCCAUGGUGGCGCUCAACUACAGCGUGCGGCGCCGCCUCGGCCUCUACCUCAACCCGCGGACGGCGGCGGCCGCCGACUGGACGGCGCUGGCGGAGGAGCUGGGCUGCGAGUACCUGGAGAUCCGGCGGCUGGAGGCGCGGCCCGACCCCACCGCCGCCCUGCUGGAGGACUGGCAGUGCCGCUGCCCCGGCGGCGCCACCGUCGGCCGCCUCCUCGACCUCCUGCGCCGCCUGGGCCGCCACGACGUCCUCCUCGACCUGGCCGGCAGCGUGGAGGAGGACUGUAAGAAGUACUUACAAAGGAAGCAGGAGCAGGCCGACCAGCCGCUUCAAGUGCCAGCAGUAGACAGCAGCGUGCCGAAGACGUCCGAACUGAUGGGCAUCACCACCAGGGACGAUCCGUAUGGGAACGGAACAGAGAUGUUUGAUGCUUUCAUCUGCUACUGUCAGAAAGACCUUCAGUUUGUCCAGGAGAUGAUCAGGGAGCUGGAACAAACAGAGUUCAAACUGAAGCUGUGUGUAUUUGAUCGGGACGUCUUGCCAGGAACGUGUGUGUGGUCCAUCAGCGGAGAACUUAUAGAAAGGAGGUGUCGGAGGAUGGUGGUCGUCAUUUCAGAUGAUUACCUGGAAAGUGAUGAAUGCGAUUUUCAGACCAAAUUUGCUCUUAGUCUUUCCCCAGGUGCUCGUCUCAAACGGUUGAUUCCAGUCAAGUGCAAAACCAUGAAGAACGAGUUUCCAAGUAUCUUACGGUUCAUUACAAUCUGCGAUUACACCAAUCCUUGCACUAAAAAAUGGUUCUGGACAAGACUGGCAAAAUCCCUCCUGCUGCCGUGAUGCAAAGUUGAGAGCUAGGUGCUCUUUUGUAAUCUAUCCUGGCUGUGCCUUCAGACCAUGGUGUCGUUCACGCAGGAUCUUCUACCACUUCAGAACCUGGAUCUUUGCAAUUGGUGUUUGGAGCCUGCGACCGGAAGCAAAAAAUUUUCUGUAGCACUUUUUUAUAACUCGGAAGGGAACGUAAAGCAACUGUGUGGGUG